AUGUCACGUCAGCAUCGCCCUUUCACCUGGGGUGGAGAACAGCACGGCUCGUCCUUCUCGGAUCCCACCUCGCCGGCGCUCGAAUCCAGCACCUUCGGUUUCGAACCAAGCGUUCCAGACAUCUACAGAAGAGCUUGGCGCGCUGUGACUCAAGGCAACCUCGGCGAGUCCUUCGCUGAUGCCUCGGACGCAGACAUUCACCUCGGCCUCCUUCACAAGCUCCUCACCUCGGCGGGAGAUCUAGGUCCUGGAAGCGCGGAGAGCAUCGUCAAUGCCACUUGCAAAGGCUCCCGCUGCUCUCGCACCGACUUCUUCUGUGCACUCGGACUACUCUACCAGCUUCAGCAAGGGGAGGAGCUCAAUGUUCAUCUGGUGCAACAGCGACUAGCAAUGGGUGGUCUCGGAGCCCCUGAACUGAAUCUCUCGGAGGCAGCGCUCAACGUCCACUCGCAUCAUACCUUUCCGCCGACGGCCGCCUCGAGCUCUUCACGCUUGGAAGUGCGACCGCCAGCACCGAUGCGCGAAAUGUCAGAUCCGUGGAACGUCAGCAGCGGUGCCAGCUACAACGGCGUCGAUGCACGGUCCGCGUAUAACCACUAUGACGGAAUGCCGCAGCAGCACGACGCCUUGACCAGCUACGACUCCGCAUUCCGUGGAGGCUUCGCCGCGAAUGGAUCUUCGGGUCCUUCUGAGCGUACGAGAACCUUCAGCGGGGACAACAGACGCUCCAAACAGCUCUUCACUCACAACGAAGACUCUUCCGUGGACGCAACCUCCGCCGCCGACCGCGCCCGGCAACAGGCAACACGGCACGAGCGACCUUUCUCGUACAUAUCAGAGACCGCCGAGGCUAAUGCGGUGGAUGCAGCGCAGGAUCCGUCCGCUGAAUUGCCAGAGGACGAGGUGACGGUUCGGUUGCGUAGCGAAUUGGAAGGCUUCAUCAUCAAGCACAAUGUGUACAUUGUCAGUUCGAGUCUUCGCAAAUCCCAAGUGACACGGCGAUACAGCGACUGGCUCUGGCUGGCGGAGUGCCUCGUGAAGAGGUAUCCUUUCCGGUGCCUGCCCGUUCUACCUCCGAAGCGGAUCGCCAUGCCCAUCGCCGGUCGUCAUCUCAGCGCAGACGACCUGUUCAUAGAGAGGCGCCGACGCGGCCUCGAACGCUACCUUCGCAUGCUGACAUGUCAUCCGAUGUUGCGCGAGGAUAAGCUGGUGGAGGUCUUCUUCACAGAGCCACGACCGAUCGCGGAAUGGAAGAGCUCUGCGCCGGCGCUCUUCCUCGACGAGGAGGGGCUCGUAAAGAUGGUAGACGAGGCGGAACGGAUGAGCAUCCCCGAGGAUCUGGAGCACAAGCUGACGCAGCAGCGUCAAGCCAUCCCCGAGCUCCUAGAGCGAUGGACGGCCAUGGUGGCGCUGUUUGAGCGCAUCGUCAAGCGCAACGAUGCUGCCGCCGCCGACUACUCGCGGCUCAACUUUUCGCUUCUCUCGGUCAUCGAGACGUCGGCGAAACGCUGGAGGCCGGGGAGCGACAAUGGCAAAAAGACCGAAGAGAUUCUGUCGACGACGGCUACCAUCUUCCAAGACCACUCGGACACGACCUCCUCGCGCGUCUCGGCUGUUUCUCUGUCAACACUGGAAGCGAUGAAGGGACAACGCGACCUGAUCCUCUCCUUCCGCGACCUGAUCGCUCGCAUAGAUCGUCAACUGGUCGAUCCGAUCGACACGCUCAAGAAGCGCAUCGAAGCGUCCCAAAAGAAGAUCACCACGCUCGCAGCCUCGGCUCAGGGCAGCAGUGCGAGUACACAGCAAGAGCAGGCGACGCUGUCGGCACAGGUGAAACAGGAUACCCAGUCGAUUCAAAAGUACCUCAAUCGACGCAUCCACGCCAAAAAGACGGUGUGGGAGGAGCUCAUCUGGUUCCACCAUCGAUUCAAGGCAGUGGAGGAGGAUGUGCAAAAGUUUGUUCGAGACGAAGCCUUCUUCCUCUCGAAUCUGACGAGCAUGUGGGAGGCGACCGAGAUGAAGAUGAAGAUGAUUCGAUGA